UCGGACAGUAUGAUUACGGUUUGAAUAAAGAUUAGACAUUAUUCCUCUGUGGUUGAGUAUCUAAUCAGUAGUUAAUGAAAUACAACUGUCCUCAUACUUUGAUAAUGCAUGGCGAUUUACUAAAUAGUUGAAUAUCUAGUGGAAGUUCAAUCUAACAAAGUGUCUUAACCAUGCUGGAAAUGUCUUCUUCCGAGGUUGAAGGGUGACAGAUAAGGAUCACAGAAACAUUGUUUUCCAUAGAGAAGGAGUACUGCUUGUUCAGAGUUAGUCACAACGGAAACUAGAAUCGAACUCUUCAGAAUUUUGUUAAAUCGCUGAACAAUGUAAAUUCGGAAUGAGUUCUAAUUAUUGACAAUUAUCAUCGGUAAAGAAGAUUAGUUUAAUUUGGUCGAUAGGACAUUGAAGUCUUCGAAAUGGGAGAGACCAGGUCCAGACUUAAUAUCUACCAAAGGUUUACUUAUAGUGUUGUGUCAACAACCGAGAAAUUUUUCUACAAUUUGGGUUUCAAAAUAGGACUUAAACCAAAAAGAACAAUAAUAUUAUGUUGGGCUUUAGUUAUAGUAUGUUCUUUUGGAGGUUUGAGGUUUUACCAAGAAAAGAAUCCUAUGAAAUUGUGGGUCCCUCCAGAUAGUCAGUUCGCUAGAGACUCAGAAUGGCUCAUGAAGACCUUAGAAUUGGGCUUCAGACAAGAGGGUAUGAUAUUAACUGCUCCAAACGUUCUUGUACCAGAAGUAAUUAAUCAGCUUCUAGAUAUACACGAACAAGUGGAAAGAAUAAAAACACCAGGAAAUAUAACCUGGAGUGAUAUUUGCUUCAAGAUACCAAAAGUAGACAGGAGCAUGGCGAAACUAUUAGCUAGAGAAACGGAGAAUGGCAGACAAGACUUAACAGCAGCCAUGGACAUAUCGAUGCUAUGUUCAUUUUUGGAAGGCAUACCUUUCGGUUGUUUCCAACAGAGUUUAUUGGAGUUGUGGAACUAUAAUAGAAAAGAAAUCAACAAGCUUACGACUGAAUCUAUUAUGAAAAGGAUAAAUGACCAUCAAGAGAUGCUUUAUAUGGGACACUUAAAAAAUUACACAGGUCUUCUGAGCGGCAUACAAAGGAAUGAAAGUGGUCAUAUAAUUGCAGCUAGUGCUUUACAGAAUAUUUGGAUGACAAAGGUCAAUUUUUCCUCUGUGGACAUGAACAAAGUUGGAAAUAUUGCUGGAACAGCAGAUUGGGCUUCUGAGGAGUCACUUGAAUGGGAGCUAGAAUAUGAAUCUGUGAUUAAAAAAUCAAAAAAAAGUUUACCGGAUGAAAUGAACUUGUAUUAUUUUUCUGCCAGAACGUUCGGCGAUGUAACAAGUAAAUCAAUGUUCCAAGAAAUAGACAAGAUUUUUCUUGGAGGUUUCAUAAUGGCAAUAUAUGUAGUUUUCGUCAUAUCGAAGUUCAAUAUGUUGGAAAUGAGGGUAGGUUUGGCUGGCGUGGGACUACUGAGUGUGGGGAUGUCUUUCGUAGUCGGUUGUGGAUUUUGUUUUCUCAUCGGUGUUCCUUAUGGUCCCGUUCACACGUCCCUACCUUUCUUGCUAAUGGGACUAGGUGUAGACGACAUGUUUGUUAUCAUGGCUUGCUUUGAGGACCUCACUGAAGAUCAGAAGAAGUUACCAAUUCCUGAUGUUCUAGCGCUGAUGUUGAAACACGCAGGAGUCUCCAUUACUAUUACUUCAGUAACAGAUAUCAUAGCAUUUUUGAUAGGAUCUUCAACUGUCAUUCCAAAUUUACAAUCUUACUGUAUUUAUGCAGCAAUUUGUGUGCUUAUGACAUUCAUAUUCGCUGUAACCUUUUUCUGCGCAUGUUUUGCCUUGGAUCAAGAAAGAAUAGCCAACAAUAGGAACGGAAUAAUACCCUGUAUCAAACAUAAGAAUUACCAACCUAGUGAAUGUAGCAGAAAACAGAUUUCAAACAAAGUAUUUCACUUUGCAUUCGAUAAAAUAUUUCUGUGGACUCCAGUGAAGGUGCUUGUGAUAUUAGCUACUAUAGGCCUUGCAGCUUUGAGCAUAAGAAAUUGCUUGAAGUUAGAACAGAGGUUCGAUCCACAUUGGUUCGUUCCAAAAAAUUCAGAUCUCUAUUCUUAUUACCAAAAGAGAACUGAGUUAUAUCCAAACCAUGGGUUCGAGGGUGGUGUAUACAUGGGAGCCAUCAAUUACACCCAUGAGAUUCCAAAAAUUAAGGAAGUAGUUGAUAACAUGAGAAAUAAAUCAGACAUUAUUGUAGGGGUGUCAGAAUGGUUAACCCCUUUCAGGGAUUUCGUUAAGAGGACCUAUGUCACAGAUAUAUACAAAGAAACAAUAGACGAACUUCAUUUCAAUUUGUACUUAUCGAAAUUUUUAAUGAAUCCUCAAUAUGCCAAGUACCAGUCGAAUUUUCAAUUCGAAAGACCCCUGGAAUGUGGCAUACCAGCUCCAAAAAUAAAGAUGGCCUCUAUAGCCUUCAAUUUUCCCAUUUUCGAAGGACCUUCUGAGUACUUACCAGCAAUGCACGAAGUUAGAAAAAUAUCCGAGAAUGCCAAUUUUACAACGGGAGACAGAUUUUGCACCACGUGGUCUGUAACAUUCGCCACGUGGGUUACAGAUGAGGUGAUCGAUAUAGAGGUUUUAAGAAACCUCCAAUUAGCACUUUUGUCAGUAAUGAUCUGUACUAUGCUUUUGGUAGCUGACAUUCAAACAUGUUUCUGGAUCUUCAUUUGUAUCUUAUUGUCAAUGGUGAAUGUUUGUGGCUUCAUGCACAUGUGGGGACUAACUAUAGACCUUGUAUCUUGCAUUGGUCUUGAGCUUGCUAUUGGUCUCUGUGUAGAUUAUGCAACACAUAUUGGACACACAUUUUUGACUGUUGAAGGUUCAAGAACAGAGAGAACAGUUAAAACUAUGACUAGUAUUGGAAGUGCUGUUGUGUAUGGAGGGCUUUCUACACUUAUUGGAGUAUUGAUGCUUAAUUUCUCAGAUGCUUAUAUAUUCCAAACAUUUUUUAAGAUAUUUUUCCUUGUGAUAAGUUUUGGACUUUAUCAUGGAGUUAUAGUGAUGCCAAUCAUUCUCAGUAUUGUUGGACCCCCACCAUAUUCUAAAUUACAUAAGAAAAAGCACUUUAUUGAGACUGAGGAAAUGAAAAACAUGAAGACAAAUGAAGAGGAGAUCAUUAAAAACGAUUGUUGACCUAAUCAAUAAACUGUGAUUACUAUUAUAAAUGUGAUAAGGUUUUUAAUGUAGUUUUUUAAUUAAAACAUUCUUUUAAAGGAUUGACAACAAUAGUGAUGUAUGUAGUAUGUAUUUUUUGACAAGAAUUUUGUGAUAUAUCUUCCAUUUUCUUUUAUAUAGGAUGAUGAAUAGCUCUAAUUAUUAAUUUUUUGUAAAUAAUGUACAUCUGAUGAAAGUUUGAAUGUUUUUCGUAAGGAGUGUAACAUUCAAAUGUAUAUAACCAGGGAAGUAAGCAAAAUGCCUUCAUUGGUAGCAGGUUAGAUAUACAUAAUAACUUUAUUCUCUAGAAAUAAUUUAUUUUUCACUUUACUCCCAAUGAACUCAAAAAAUGUUCUGCUCAAUUUACAACUUUAUGUAAGCAAAGUCAUUAUCACUGUUCAGACACCGAAGAUAUUUAUAGAUUUUAGUGAUUUUAUUGAGAAAAUUGUUUGAUGACUUUAGAAUGAUACUCAUUAAAUAUUCAGACAAG